AUGAAGUUCAACAACGUCCUCACCUACCUUGCCCUCGGCGCCACUGCCGCCGUUGCUGCCCCUGCCCCCGAUGCUCAGGCCGCCGCUGCCAACCUGCCUGGACUCAAUAGUCUUCAAAGCGGCUAUGCCCGAGCCAUCAUUGCCAAGGCCAAGGCCGACGGUGUUGGGCGACACGGUUGCGAGGCUGCCAUUGCUACUGGUCUUGUUGAGUCUAGCCUCAUCAUGUAUGCCAAUAAUGCUGUUCCAGCUUCAUUGAAGUACCACCACGACCGUGUUGGUUCCGACCAUGACAGCAUUGGUAUCUUCCAGCAACGUGCCUCCAUCUAUAAGAACAUUGCUUGCGACAUGGAAGCCGGAUGCUCCGCUGGCCAAUUCAUCGCCGAGAUGAAACGUAUUAGCGGCUGGCAGACAAUGGCUGUUGGUACCCUCUGCCAGAAGGUUCAGCGAUCUGCUUAUCCUGAUCGCUAUGCUAAGCAGGUUCCUACUGCUACCAAGGUUUGCGCUGCUGGCGGUCUGUAA